AUGGCGGCUGUUGAGACACCGGUUGUCAUCGGCGUAGGCGACAUCAAGAACCGCUCUACUGCCAUCGCUGACGCGAAGGAACCUGCUACGCUUAUCCUUGAAGCGAUUCAAGCUGCCAUAGAAGAUGCCUCGCCUCCUUCUACAUUGGAGCUUCAAUCGGCAAUUGAUAGUAUUGACGUCGUCAAGACAUGGACGUGGCCGUAUCCUGAUUUACCCAGCCUGUUGGCGGAGAAGUUAGGCGUUGAAGGGGGUGUAAAGUGGAAGAGAUAUUCAGAGCAUGGUGGAGAUAAGCCGGGCAAACUGUUUGACGAGGCGGCGAGGCGGAUUGCAAAGGGAGAAUUAUCGGCUUGCGCAGCUGCCAAAAAGCUUCCACCGCCAGAAUGGACCCCACCUUCUGAAGCUGUUCACUCAGUCUUCACGCCUACGGGCGGGGACCUAGGAACUAAUCUCGGGGCUAUACACCAGAUUGGCACUCCAGUACACGUGUAUCCACUGUAUGAGAAUGCGUUUCGGGCGCAUCAAGGUCAAAGCCUGAAAGAGAACCACGAAGAAAGUGCGAAGCUGUAUGCCGACUUUGCCAAAGUAGCAGAGGGGAACGAUUAUGCUUGGAAUUCCGGAAAAGCUGGUGGAGAAGAGGUCAUUGCAAAGGUGGACAAGAAGAAUCGCAUGGUUUGCUAUCCUUAUCCCCUCCUCAUGAAUGCCUUCAACACAGUCAACCUCGCCUCUGCUCUCAUUCUAACCUCCACCUCCUUCGCUAAAUCCCUCGGCAUCCCACCGUCAAAAUGGAUCUACCCACUCGGCGGCGCAGGAACGAAAGAUUCGGACGAGUUCUGGAAGCGGCCCAACUUCUACAGCUCCCCCAGCAUAUCUCGCUCCAUCGAUGCCUCACUCCAAAGCUCCGGUGUAUCAAAAGAAGACAUCGACCUUUUCGACAUCUACUCCUGCUUUCCAAUUGUUCCCAAGAUCGUUGCUCAGCACCUCGGACUGCCGAUCCUUGGCGGGUCUAAGAAGUUGACCCUACUAGGUGGGCUGACAUCGUUCGGUGGCGCGGGGAAUAAUUACUCGAUGCAUGCGCUCACGGAAAUGACGAGGCAGUUACGAGCCGGGAAGGGGAAGUAUGGCCUGGUACACUGUAAUGGCGGGGUGCUAAGCUAUCAGUAUGUUGUUGUGUUGUCCAAGGAGCCCAGGAGAGAAGGGCAGUAUCCGGAGGAAAACCUGCUCCCAGAGCAGAUCACAGAUGUCCCAGCCCCGGAUCUUGUGUUUGAUGCGGAAGGAGAGGCCAUCGUUGAGACAUACACGGUAGAGUUUAAUCGUGACGGCAGCCCGCUUCGAGGCCACAUUAUCGGCCGGCUGAAGAGUAACAACAAACGCUUCCUUGCGAAUCAUGGUGACGAGAGCACUCUACGAGAAAUGGCGGGUGGUGCAGGCGAGGUAGUAGGAAAGAGCGGAUGGGUUUGGCAAGAUGAGAAAAGUAAGGGAAGGGGAUUGUUCGCUUUUGAUAAGCCUGCAAAACUUUAA